UCACUUUGAUCAGUAUGAAGAGGGGCACCUGGAGAUAGAGCAGGCGUCUCUAGACAAGCCCAUCGAAUCGCAGUUGGCCCAUAUUAGCUAAGCAGCCAUGAUCUGGUUUGUAUUGCACGGUCUGCCUUUUUUAAUUUCUUCUCUAGGGUUUCCUUUCCCCUUCUUAUUUCUGUUCUUCUGGUCCAGUGAACACUGCAUAUAGUACCUACUGUCUUAAUGUGCUGGCAUGAUGCUAGAUUUAGGCAUGGCAGUAAUUGAUGACGCAUGAGAUAAUGCUGCAGAGAUGGGAAUUGGUAUUCACUGUUCUCCUGAAUACUUCAGUCUUACCUUGGGACAUGGGGAUUUGAAUUAAAAUGCCAAGCUGAAUGGAAAUAUCAUGGGAAAUAUGUGUUGGUAGCCUACUCUGGGCCACACUGGAAAUUAGCAUUUCAAAAUCAUUCAAAUGCUGCUUAGGAACCAGACUGGUUACCUGAUUUCCAAAAGUGCUUUCCCAAAGAGAGGCCUAGGAGAGGUCACAGAUUACAGCUCUGGUGUUCCAGAGGGAAUGAUGCCUAUAGAAGUGUGUAAAGCAUGAGCAGGUACCCUGGGCCCACAUGGGCUCACUGUGCAGCUCUCAUCGUCCACAGGAGUAAUGCUUUGUGCAGUUUGAUUAAUGAUGAACUGCAGCAGAAAAAACAAAUUAAAUUAUGGCUUUAAUAUUUUAUUCAUGUAUGUCUCUCACCGUCCAAAUGUCAGGACAUUUUUAAUCUUUACAACUCCUUGGUAGGUACAGUUCAACCUAAUUGAAAACCGUUGGAUGAAGAGGACAAGAAAAUGGCUUAUUUUGGGAGGAGAAAGAGUUAAAACCGCAAAUUGUUCUUUAAAAUCAAGUUUGUUCCACUCUUCUUUUGUCUGAAAUAAGUGAAUCACAGAAUCAUUAAGGCUGGAAAAACCCUUUAAGCAAACUGAGUCCAGCCAAUCCUAUAGCACUGCCAAGGCCACCCCUAACCCGUGUCCCCAAAUGCCACAUCCCCAUGGCCUGUGGACCUUUUAGGGAUGGUGACUCCAGCACUUCCCAGGGCAGCCACGCCAGUGUCCAUCCCAGGAUUUCAGAGCUGUGGCUGCUGCACAGGGUGGGGUUUUGGCACCUGAACAAGUGUAGUGUCAGAAACAAACUAGUUGCUUCUGAGGUUUCACGUCGUCUUUGUAAAAAUACAUUGUUGAUUCUUAAAUUCCCCAUCUGCGAAGCAGGAAUUACUUUGUUGUGUUUCCUGACACCUGUGGAGGUGAUUUUGCUUCCACACUAUUAAUAAGUGUGCUCUUUGAAUUGGCAAAUUGCACACAUUAGCAGAAGGGACAGUUUCCUUGGCAGAAUUCAGUGGGAAACCUCUCCUGCAAGAUAUUUCACCAGGAAAGGAGUGUUCAUUCUGCUUUUUCGGCUUUUUUUCCCCUUCUAAUUUAUGUUGUUUGCUCACCCAGAACCAAAAUUGACAGGGAAGAGGGAAAGGCAAAUCUAUGUUUUAGAACUACCACGCUUCUAAGUAUUUUCAAUAUUAACAAAUUGGGUUUUGAUCCUUAACCAGUUCUCUGUUAGCAAUCCAACUGGCCUUCUCCAAGGAAUCUGCUCAGAGUCAUGAGUGAGCCUGUGCUUCAUGGUAUGGAAGCAGUUUGGGUGAUGAGCAUCCUGUGUUUAUAACCGUGGCAGAUCAAAGCGCUUCCCAGUUAAAAUGUCAUUCUUCAGAGCAAAGAGUGAAUCAGGUGUAUUCUCAUAAAUGUGCUCCUUGCAGCUUCCCACAUCUUAGUGACAGGAAGGGGCUCCAAGGCCUGCGGGUGUUGGGGGUGGAGGGAGGGUUUCCUGUGCCGUGUCCCUGUGCCAGUCCCCACUGAUGGGAGCGACAUCCAUCUCUGCAGCAUUAUCUGUUGAGAGGUGCUGACUGUACUGCUACAGCAUGCAACUCAAAGGUGGCUGGAAAAAUAGGUUUGGGAGUCUACAGAUCAUUACAAUGUUGAAACGUGUCCUCAAUUAGCCUACUGGUGUUGUUGUUCCUGUGGAAAUCCUGCUGUGUGCAGCUUGUUUAGGCCAAAGAUGUUUGGACUGAAACAUGCGACUCUAACCAGAGUACAUUUAUGGAAAACAGAGCUGCCAGAAGCUAGGGAUGGACGUGGCCUGAACGAGUGCCAGCUGUUUUCCAUUACUAAAUUGAAGAAAGUAUUUCAUAUCAAUGGACUCUUCAGACUACAAAUACUGAUAUUUUUUUUUCCCCCCACAAGUAACAUUUUUUCUUGUUGUGCUUUGAAAGAUGCUGCACUUAGAGUGGCUGUUUAUGUCAGUGCAAUCACUGAUGUCCUUGAAAAAUCAGAGCACUUCACCCUUUUUUCUAAAUUCAAGAAGCUGCAUGCAUUUGUUUUGGGGCAUUUUGAGUGCACUGAGUUCAGGUACUUGAACGGGAAGUCACAAAUUAUUGCAGCUUUAAUAGAAUCCAGAUUUUCUUCACAUUAAUUCCUUAUCUCUACUUGUUUAUUGAGUCUCUUUGCUGUCAAUUCCUGGUUUUCCUCAUCCCAGCAGUGCAGAUGGAGUAGGAGACAGCGAUAGACCCUUAGAGCCCCCAAGGAGCAGCCCUGGCCCCGUGCAGGCAGUGUCAGGGAUCGACCCACGCCGUCACCGCUGCAGCCCAGUUUUUAAAGCCAGGAUAAUAUUGGACACCGCUUACUCCAGAAACAUGGGUGGAAGCUGGGCCAGGGAUUGGGAAAGUCACUGCAGGUGCCUCCUCGGAGGGGGGCUGUCACCUGGAGCUCUCCCAAGACCCAGCAGGAGCCAGAGCUGCUCCAGUGGCUCCCUGGUUCUGCAAGGCAGAGCACGGUCGUGGGGUGGAGGGCGUUAUGAUCCUGGACUUGUUGUGGUGAUGGUAAACUUAGCAGUGGGAGGACGGAUCCCAUCCCUAUUGUCGUCAAGUAUGAUGUCAUGGGCAUGGGCCGGAUGGAGAUGGAGCUUGACUACGCCGAGGAUGCCACGGAGCGGAGGCGAGUGCUGGAGGUGGAGAAGGAAGACACCGAGGAGCUGAGGCAGAAGUACAAGGAUUACGUUGAUAAAGAAAAGGCCAUUGCCAAGGCUUUGGAAGACCUCAGAGCAAACUUCUACUGUGAACUCUGUGACAAGCAGUAUCAGAAGCACCAAGAGUUUGACAACCACAUCAACUCUUACGACCACGCUCACAAGCAGGAAGGAACUCGGGAUUAUUGCCCAACAGGGAUGAUAGCUGAUGUAUUGAAAGCAAACCCUUCUAAUUUGGGAGUCCAGAUCACAAGAAGGUUGAAGGAUCUCAAGCAAAGGGAAUUUGCUCGCAAUGUCUCGUCGAGAUCCCGGAAAGAUGAGAGGAAGCAGGAGAAAGCCCUGCGGCGCCUGCACGAGCUGGCUGAGCAGAGGAGGCAGCCGGAGUGUGCUCCUGGAAGUGGGCCCAUGUUCAGGACCACCACGGUGGCUGUGGACGAGGAAGGUGGAGAUGACGAUGAUUCUGCAGCCAACAGUGGCUCCUUCGUCCAGACCAGCUCUGGCCAGGCCACAGAGAUGACCACUGACAGAGGCUUCCUCAACACUGGACAAGGCACUGUGAUGCCAGGUCAGACACCUGCCCAGGGGGCACAGGCCAUCAGCUUUGGCAUUAAGAGCUCUCUGGGAACUCCGCUGCAGAAGAUCGGAGUGUCCUUUUCCUUCGCCAAGAAGACCCCAGUGAAGCUGGAGACCAUCGCUUCUGUUUUCAAGGACCACGUGGACGAGUCCAAUUCUGCAGAUGGGGCAAAAGGUGAUGAGAGGGGGUCCUCGGAGGCUGGCAGCCUGCAGAAGUCUGGGGAGGGUGAAGGCGCCAAUAAUUCUGAUGGCAAGAUGGAGGAUGAUGACCAGCAUGACAAGGACAGCGGGGCUCUGGCCAGCACCUUAUCCAAACUGAAGAAGAUGAGGCGAGAAGAUGGACCAACAGCUGUGGAACCAGAAUAUUACCACUACAUCCCCCCGGCCCACUGUAAAGUAAAGCCCAACUUUCAGUUCCUGCUUUUCAUGAAAGCUACUGAGCAAACGGAAGCAGAAAAUGUGAACAAAAAAAACGCGCACGAAGUGAAAAAGGGGAGUUCCCCCAAACCAAAACCCAGCAAGCACACAGAAAAGGCUGCUGAGAGCACGGGACAGCAGAAGGUGCAGAGUACUACUGAAAGUGCGGCUCAGCAGGGCAAAACAGAACGAAAAGACAUCCCAGAGAAUGAAAAUACACAGGAGAGCAAGCACGAUCCAGAGAGCAAUCCCCCUGAGCCAGACACUGCUCCUCCUCCUGCCUCGGGCUGCAGAGAUGGCUCUGAGGGACCAAAGCACCCCACGGGACCUUUUUUCCCUGUUCUGAGUAAGGAUGAGAGCACGACGUUGCAGUGGCCUUCAGAGCUGCUCAUCUUCACCAAAGCUGAGCCCUCUGUGUCCUACAGCUGCAACCCCCUGUACUUCGACUUCAAGCUCUCCCGUAACAAGGAUGCAAAAGGGAAAGGGGCUGAGAAGUCCAAGGAUCCAGGAGGGCUUUGUAAAGACAGUGCUCAGAGCACAGAACCUGGUGAGAUGAGCAAAGCCAAGGAGGCUGAAAGUGUAGGGAACAGUUCUGCUCAAAAAAUGGAAAACAAAUCCCAGAGCAAGCAGGAGUCCGGUCUGGGAAGCGUCGGUAAGGGAGAUGGGGAGGACAGCAGUAAGAGUAUAACAGGUAAGAGUAAAUCUGGGAGGUCCCAUAAACACAAAAAGAAAAAGAAGCACAAAAAGUCCAGCAGACACAAGCGCAAACACAAGGAGGAAGCUGAGGAGAAGGCCCGGAAAGCUGAGCUGGGGGAAGAGAAACCCAAGAAACGGAAAAGGCACAGGCACAAAAAAGGUAAAUCCUCCCUUUCGACAGAGUCAGAUCGGGCACUGAAACCUGAACUGUCAGAAGACUGCAGUCAUUUCCAGAAGAAAAAGCGAUGCUCCCAGGAGUCCCAGAGGAAAUCCCUGUCUGCUGAGGAGGGAAGCAGCGGUAAAAAAGAAGACGGGGGUAACUCCUGCCAAGAGCACGGCAGUAAAAGACACAAGGCUGAGCUGCAGCAGGUGCCCGGUGCCAGGAGGCGCUGCCCGGCUCUGUCCCAGGCCCAGAGCAGCCGCCGGAGCCGGCAGAGCAGCGCCGACUACGACAGCGACGAGGGCUCCCCCGGCAAGCGCGGCCACCAGAAGUCCCCGUCGCAGUACAGCGAUGACUACGACUCGGGCAGCGAGCACUCCCGCAGCCGCUCCCGCUCGGGCCGCAGGCACUCCUCGCACAGGUCCUACUCCACCAGCUCGGACGCGUCCUCGGAGCACAGCCGCUACAGCCACCACAGGAGCUACUCGGACGACAGCUACAGCGACUACAGCGACCGCUCCCGCUGCCACUCCAAGCGCUCCCAGGACUCGGAGGACGACUCCGACUACAACAGCUCAAACCACCGCUCGAAGCGGCGCAAAUACUCCUCGUCGGAAGAUGACUACAGCUCGAGCAGGAGCAGAUCCAGGAGUCGGAGCAGGAGCCGAACCCACCCUCGAGGCAGGUCAAGAUCCAGGAGCCGGGGCAGGAGCCGCAGCAGCAGCUGCAGCCGCAGUCGGAGCAAGAGGAGGAGCCGCAGCGUGACGGGCCGCAGCUGGAAGCGCAGCCGCAGCUAUAGCCGGGACCGCAGCCGCAGCACCCGCAGCCACUCGCAGAGGUCUCUGUCGCGGAAGGGCUCACGGGGCCACGAGAGCCCCGAGGAGCGAAGGUCUGGCAGAAGGGACUUCAUCAGGUCCAAGAUCUAUCGCUCCCAGUCUCCUCACUAUUUCCGGACAGGCCGAGGUGAGGGGUCGCUGCCAAAGAAGGAGGAUGGCAAAGGAGAGGAUCCGAAAGGAUCUGGCUCCCUGUCCCAGAACAGCAGCGGCUCUGGCACGGGGCGGGCCUCGGAAGGGGACUGCAGUCCUGAGGAGAGGAACUCCGUCACUGCAAAGCUGCUCCUGGAAAAGGUGCAGUCCAGGAAGGUUGAGAAGAAGCCCUGCGUCACUGACGAGGUGCUGUCAGGGGCAAACAAGGUGGGCAUAAAGCUCAAAGAUCCUCCCCAGGGCUACUUUGGCCCCAAACUGCCUCCCUCCUUAGGCAACAAACCGGUUCUGCCCUUAAUUGGGAAGUUGCCAACCAUUCGGAAACCGAACUCCAAAAGAUACGAGGAGUCUGGCUUGGAGAGGGGCGAGGAGCAGGAGCUGUCAGAUGCUGAGGAUGGUUCCCAAGGCAUGGAGGAGGGUCAGCUGGCCAGCCAGUCUCUCCUGGAAGAUGUGGUGAUGGUAAUUCAGGACAAACCUCUGGAUGAGCAGAAACGUGACGAAGCCUCCGUGGAGAUGCCAUCCCUUCCCCUGGAUGCGCCGGCGCUCCCCGAGUGCUUUGGCUCCAGAGAUCUGGUCAUGCCACACAACUUCCUCUCGGAUCCGAGCGACGGCGACGGGCUGGAGCCUAUGGAUGGGGGCAACCAGCCGGUCCCAGUGGAAACCGCUAUGAUGCCCUUAGUUCCAGACGUUGAGCACUUUCCUGGCUAUGUGCCUCAGAGCGGGGAGCCGAGCAUAGAAGGGGAUCGGGAGGGGGGAGAAGAUUCCUCUCUAGCCCCGCUGGAGAGCCAGCCCAUCACCUUCACCCCCGAGGAGAUGGAGAAGUACAGCAAGCUGCAGCAGGCCGCCCAGCAGCACAUCCAGCAGCAGCUGCUGGCCAAGCAAGUCAAGGCCUUCCCCGCCUCGGCCGCGCUGGCGCCGGCCGCGCCCGCGCUGCAGCCCAUCCACAUCCAGCAGCCGGCGGCGGCGUCGGCCACGUCCAUCACGACGGUGCAGCACGCCAUCCUGCAGCACCACGCUGCCGCCGCCGCCGCCGCCAUCGGCAUCCACCCCCACCCGCACCCGCAGCCCCUCGCUCAGGUCCACCACAUCCCCCAGCCACACCUGACCCCCAUUUCCUUGUCCCACCUGACCCACUCGAUUAUUCCGGGGCACCCCGCCACGUUCCUGGCCAGCCACCCCAUCCACAUCAUUCCGGCGUCCGCCAUCCACCCGGGCCCCUUCACCUUCCACCCUGUCCCUCACGCUCUCUACCCGACCCUCCUGGCUCCGAGGCCCGCGGCCGCCGCUGCCGCCACAGCCCUGCACCUCCAUCCCCUGCUGCACCCCAUUUUCUCAGGACAGGACUUGCAGCAUCCACCCAGCCACGGCACAUGAAGGACAAAAUGAAGGAACCUCGGAGGAAGGAGUAUAUUUGGCGUUUCGGGAAGGGGUUGGAGUCGAGCCAGCGGGCAGGUGAGGCCUGAGCAUUUCCUUUCACCCUUGAGCAGCCAAAGAAGCCGGAGGCUCGAGGGCUGGGCCGUUGGCUGUGUCCCAGGGAUGUCUCACUCUGACUCCUCCGUGCACGCAGCAGCACCGCUCCGGAAGAACCAUUUCACCUUUCGAACAGCGAGACACUUGGAAAGGCUUUUUUUUUCCCCCUGGAUUCUCACACUUGGUCAUCUUCCUUCUGCCACCUUGUAUAUGAUAAAUGAGGUUUCAUACGCACUAAUAGGAUCUCUAAAAAUCCUUUUAAUGAGGUCAUCUAAGUAAAAUAGCAUGAUUGAAUCCAGCUUGUAAUUGGCGAUGGAACGUCGGGAGCUGUUGGCUGCAGAGGCACUGGAGGCCUCAGUUUUCAGGCAUUGCAAGAGGUUCCUUGGCCUCUGUCACUGCACACGUGGGUUUUUCUUGGUGUGAGCAGCAAAAGUGGAAGUAAGAGCUUACUGUAAAGAGGAGGAGGAGCUCUGUGUGUGUGCCCAGAGCUCCCGUCCUUCUCCAUCCUGCACCUGUGUUCCCCUGUGCUGGGACCAUGCCUGGAUAUCCCAGACUGGAGAGAGGUUCUCGGGUCAGGAUUCCAGCCUGGGCUUUGACCACUGUUCUGAAAGGGGGGAAAAAAAAUCACUCUGAGUUCCAUCUUCUGUGGUGUUGGGAAGGAGGCACUUGGAUGGGAGAGAGAAGGAAAAUCCUGCUAGGAAUUGAAGCAAUACAGAGGAUGGGGGAGCGCGGCCGGGAUGUAAAGCGUGUUCUUUCCUCUGUAACACUGAUGGUUUCCUUAUUAAUUUAUAGGAAUCUUUUUUUUUUUUUUUUUUUUUUUUUUUAAUGUAAAGAAUUGCACUGAACUCUGUAAACAAAGAUGCUGCUUUUUGUAGCUCCUAUCAAAGGUUACAUUUGUAGUAUAUCGCAAUAAUAUUUUUUACAGCCAGUUCUUAGUGGUACUUGUUCUGGUGGCUUCUGUGUAAAUAUGUUUGCUGUAGGUGACCCAAGACACUUGUAAAGGUUCAAUUUAUAGUUUCAGCUAGAUGCAGAACAGCUAAGCAUGUAUAUUUUACCAAGCUCAUGUAUUUUUGAAGUUUUUAUGUACUAUAAAAUGUAAAAACAAACAAACAAACAAAAUCUUCAUUUAGAAUUUUGCAGAAGAAAAAAUCAACAGGUGACACUUGGGCAAGGUGAGGGCUGUGGGGGUGGCAGUGGCUCUGGCAGGUAACGCUGCGUUCCUCCCUGCCAUAGGAAUGGGCACUGGGGCAGCCUGGGGAGCAGCAGGAAUUCAGGGUGCUCCCAGAGCAUAGAGAGCCCUUUUGUUUUCCUCUUUCCUUUCCUUUCCUUCCCUCUCGCCCCUCCCUGUUGGAAGCAGUAACACGCAGACCCUGCUGUGCAGGAGGUGCCUUGGGACUGCUCCCAUCCCACGCAUGAGGUUACCCCACCUUGGUCCAUCAGGGAUUUCCCAGUUCUCCCUGCAUCACCUGGCUCGGGUGACACUGCCCGUGGGAGCUUCCCCGCCCCAGUGCAGGGGAUGGGCGGCUGCUGUCCCCCCUCACAGGCAUUGCAGGUGUCACAGCCCUUGGGCCACCACCGCUGGGGAGAGGGAUUCCAGAGCAGUGUGGGGGUGCGGUGACAUCCCCAUCCCUUUCCCUGUCCCCUUCCCCAUCCUCAUCCUCUUCCCUGUCCCCUCCCGGAGUGCAGCACAAGACCAGGCGAAGUCAAAGGAUCAAAACCCCCUGAGCUCUCUCACCGUGUAAACGAGAAAUUGGAGCAGGUCAGAGUGACAGCAGUCACAAAAAAGGGACUCAAAUUUCCUGUAAAUACCGAACAAUUCAGUGUUACUGUCAGAGCUGAGCUUCGUAGGGCCCGUCCGUGCCCCAGCCUCGUCACACUGUGGGCAGGGAAUGGUUUUUGGACAUAAGGAUAGCGCUAAAAUAAUUAACCUGUCAUUACUUAACGAGCAUCAACAGACUGUAUUUAACUUUGUCACAUAAGAUAUAUAUAUAAAUAUAUAUAUAUGCUGUAAAAUGAGGGAAAAAAACCUUUCUAAUAAACC